AUGGCGCUGCGUGCGGUCGUGUUCGACCUUGAUGGAGUGUUGGCGCUGCCCUCGGCCAUCAGCGCCCUCGGCCGCGCCGAGGAGGCCCUGGCGCUGCCCAGAGGCUUCCUGAAUGAGCCUUUCCUGAAGGAAGGCCUGGAUGGCCCCAUUGCUCGCCUCAUGAAAGGACAGAUCACGUUCUCCCAGUGGGUGCCACUCAUGGAAGAAAACUACAGGAAACGCUCAGAAGCUUCUGGAAUCCGCCUCCCCGAGAAUUUCUCUGUAAACCAAAUCUUUUGCAAGGCGAUAUCAGCAAGAAACAUCAACCGCCCCAUGCUUCAGGCAGCUCUUGAUCUCAGAAAGAAGGGGUUUGUGACCUGCAUCCUCACCAACAACUGGCUGGAUGACAGCGCCACGAGGGACAGCCUGGCCAAGCUCAUGUGUGAGCUGAACCCACACUUCGACUUCCUGAUAGAGUCCUGUCAGGUUGCGAUGGUCAAGCCCGAGCCUCAGAUCUACAAGUGCCUACUGGACACCCUGAAGGCCAAGCCCAGCGAGGUGGCUUUCCUAGAUGACGUCGGGACUAAUCUGAAGCCGGCCCGUGACUUGGGAAUGGUCACCAUCCUCGUCCACGACACCAACACUGCCCUGAGAGAACUGGAGAGAGUCACGGGGACGCAGCUGCUCCACUCUGUGGCCCCUCUGCCGAUCCCCUGCAGCCCAAGUGACGUGAGCCAUGGGUACGUGACAGUAAAGCCUGGGGUCCGUCUGCAUUUUGUGGAGCUGGGCUCCGGCCCCGUGGUGAUCUUCUGCCACGGGUUUCCUGAGAGCUGGUUCUCUUGGAGGUACCAGAUCCCUGCUGUGGCUCAGGCGGGUUACCGGGUUCUGGCUAUGGACAUGAAAGGCUAUGGAGACUCGUCCUCCCCUCCAGAAAUAGAAGAAUAUGCCAUGGAAGUGUUAUGUAAGGAAAUGGUCACCUUCCUGGAUAAGCUGGGCAUCCCGCAAGCAGUGUUCAUUGGCCACGACUGGGCCGGCGUGCUGGUGUGGAGCAUGGCUCUCUUCUACCCCGACAGAGUGAGGGCAGUGGCCAGUGUGAACACUCCCUUCAUGCCAGCAAAUCCCAAGGUGUCCCCCAUGGAGAUUAUCAAAGCCAACCCAGUGUUUGAUUACCAACUCUACUUCCAAGAACCAGGUGUGGCUGAGGCUGAACUUGAACAAAACCUGAGUCGGACUUUCAAAAGCUUCUUCAGAGCCAGUGAUGAGGGCUUUCUGGCUGUGCACAAAGUCCGAGAAAUGGGAGGACUCUUUGUGAAUACCCCGGAAGAGCCCAGCCUCAGCAAGAUGGUCUCGGAGGAGGAGAUUCAGUUCUACGUGCAGCAGUUCAGGAAAUCCGGCUUCAGAGGUCCCCUCAACUGGUAUCGAAACAUGGAAAGGAACUGGCAGUGGGGCUGCAAGGGCUCUGGACGGAAGAUCCUGGUCCCAGCCCUGAUGGUGACAGCAGAGAAGGACGUUGUGCUGACCCCUCAGAUGUCCAAGAACAUGGAGGACUGGAUCCCGGACCUGAAAAGGGGACACAUUAAGGACUGUGGGCACUGGACACAGAUGGAGAAGCCCGCUGAGUUGAAUCAGAUCCUCAUUGAGUGGCUGCAGGCUAAUGUCAGGAACCCACCAGUGAUUUCAAAGAUUUAGCCUGUGGCAGUAGCCGGCAGCGCUCCAUCUGCUGGGGAGCCCUGUUUGUAUCCAGAUGUGGCCUCCUGUGCACCUCUCAAGACCAGUGGCUUUGUUCCAAGGGAUUUGCCCAAAAGUGGUCUUUACAUGAAGUUAAUCAAAUAUGCUGUGAUUUUAAAUCCAAGAGGAAUCACCCGUAGAUUCCCUGGGUACGAUGCAUCAUCACUUCAUCUCUGAGGAUGGUUAGUGCCCUGUGGGGACAGAAUGCAGUACCCACCUGGUCACAUUGACUGACCAAUUUAUAGUUUUGCAGCCAAGUCUGCAGUUCAUUUUGAAGUAUUUCAGCAGAGAUUGGGAUCCUUUACUCAAUAAAUCUAAGAUGGCUUUGC